CAAAAUUGAACUACAAUCAUAAUUCAUAACAAGUGAUUUUGACAUAAGAUUUUCGUACAGAACUACUUUCGUUUAGAUUUAAAAUGAAAAAUGUCAGCUAAUUGUAUACAUUUAAAUUGGAAAUCAGCAUUAUUCAUAUUGUUUUCGUUAAUAAUCAGAGGUGUUCAUCAUACUGAUAGCUUUACUUCAACAUCACCAUCGUUUAAUAUUAACACAAUAGAUGAUGACGAUAGGCCGGAAUGUCCGAACAUAGAAUGUAGUAAAUUGUCGUAUCCUUGUAUAGUUUGCGAUUUAAGCACGAGCUGUAUUUAUGGCAGUCUGGUGAAUACUACUUGUAAACCAAUCAAGGAAGCUAAUUGUACGGGUACAAGAGAAUUUUUUCGAACAUAUCAAUGUAAAUACUGCUACCAGACUGAUCGUUCUGAACACACAUGUCAUCAACAAGCACAUUGUAAAUCUGUAUCAACACCACGCGAAUACUAUCGAACAAAUUGCACCGUGCAUAACAAUAUAAUAUGUCUAGGAAAACGUCGUUUUUUAAAACGUGUUUUAUGUAAUUGGACAAGUGGUUAUAAAUGGAGUACAACAUUAAUAUUGAGCAUUACACUUGGUGGAUUUGGUGCGGAUCGAUUUUAUUUAGGUCACUGGCAAGAGGGUAUUGGUAAACUUUUUAGUUUUGGUGGUUUAGGUGUAUGGACUCUCAUCGAUGUACUAUUAAUUUCGUUACAUUAUUUAGGCCCCGCAGAUGGCUCGUUGUACAUUUAAAAUAUUUGAUUUUAAUUUAAUAAUAUUUUAUU